AUGAACUCUUUCUCUCUUCCAAUCCACAAGUCUUUCCUUCUCAUGAUGUUUUUCAUGCUUCUCUCUAUUGCUUGGAGUCUUAGGGUGAUUCCUAGUCAAGAUAAGGUGAUCAACUUGCAAGGACAGAAACCCGCAAGUGCAGAUAACAAGGAAGAAGGUGGGAAGAAAGAGUUGGGAAUGGAGCUUUACCAGACAGGAUCAAGCUUGCCAGAUUGUUCCCAUGCAUGUGGGCCAUGCUUUCCUUGUAAGAGGGCGAUGGUGAGUUUCAAGUGCUCCAUGGCAGAGUCUUGCCCUGUAGUUUACAGGUGUGUCUGUAAAGGCAAAUACUACCAUGUACCCUCCAAUUGA